AUGCACAAAGACACACCAGAGCAAGCUGAACCGGGUCUGCUGGAGGGGCCAUGGGCGCUCAAAAGACUCCUCACUACCACCCUCGAUCUCGCUCUUGCUAUUGUCGCUCUGGCUUUUGUUCUUUUCGGUGGCCUGAUAUACGUGAGCGACGGAACACCGGCCACGCCAGGGUCGACGAGUAAACUCUUGCUGGAUAUAGCCAAAUAUGGUCCAACCGUGUUCCCCGUCCUCUUCGCCGCGAUCGCCGGCGCUGCGUUAAAGACUUUCGCAACCUGGCGGCUUCAGAACGGCACUCGCAUCGGACUGAUUGAACAGCUGGUCGGCAGCCACACAGUAGCUGAAGCAGUCUUCACGCAAGCUCGGCUCAAGGCCUUCAACGCCCUCGCCAUCGCCAUUCUUCUGCUGUGGUGCCUGUCGCCCCUAGGUAGCCAGGCUGCGCUGCGGGCAAUAAGCGCCGACCAGGCUUUCCGAAACGGUACAGGCAACUUGACGGUGCUGGAAACAUUUGCUCCAUUCCGGUUCAUGUUGACUGCCAGCGACACGGCGCAGGCUAGGAGGUUGUUGGUCCCGCCCACCGUUGCAACCAUGAUAUCCGCACGAUUGCUGCAGGGCAGAAACCAAGAUCUCUGGGGAAACAUUCGUGUCCCCAUGAUUGAGAGGCUCACAGAAAGUGCCUCGGACACAAACUGGGUCGAUGUCUCAAAGAUGGACGACAUCGAAUACUCGGCACUUGUCGGGGUUCCUGUGGUGUCACUCCCCAGCAAAGGGAACCAUUCCUUUACCUUUUCGGCAUCCUACAUCAACCCCGAAUGUACGACCCUCAAAGUGAAUGCUCAGUACAAUUUUACCACGAUUAUACCAGACUUCAAUUCGACUGACAGGACUAACUGCAAUUGGACCACCGUUCAGCCUGAAUACACCUUGAGAGCCAGCAUCUCCCAACCGUGUUGGGAUGACAUCGAAGCUCUGGGCGAAAAGUAUCGCUCAGGGAAGGAUCGCACAGCUCGCGUCUUUAUAUGGGAGUCUCGCACUUUCGGACAAGAAACGCACUCGUACGCGGAAUGUCACCUGUACACGACAUAUGUUGACGUCAAGAUGGACUGCCAGGGCACCUUGUGCUCCCCGUCCUCUGUGCGACGAUCGCCGAAGCCGCCAAGAAACGGCAACUGGACUGCGCUCGACCUAAGAUACAACUUUCAUGACCCGGAGGGCUUCGUGAAUCUCUUUGCCAACAUGUUUCCAGGAUCAUACAAUAGUGGCGGGCAGACUCCCACCAUUGUCUACCUCGCCGACCCCUUCAACGCGCUCUCGGCGAGGAACAAGACUGAACCUGCUUCACUCCCGCGUGCGACAUUUGAGACUCGUCUUUCGCACCUGAUAAACUCGCAACUGUUGCUGGGCAUUCACCCAGGAGAUGUGGCGGGAGGCUUUACUGAAGAAAACGCAAACAAUCUUUCCGUCAGCUUCGUCAACAGGGACACGUAUACCCGGGACGAGAUUGUCCAGUACAGCACAUUAUGGCUAAUCAUGCUGCUGGCAUCAUCCACUGUUCUUUUCGGCGUAGCCUUGGCUGCCAUUGUCGUUCGCUUCAAGAUAAUGGUGCCUGAGGUGCUGGGCUCUCUGGCGCUGGGAAUGUUGGACAAUAGAUGCGACGAUAUCAAGCAUUCGUCAUUCAUGAGCGGCGAUGACAAGAUGGCCAAGAUGAAAGAGGUCAAGGUGAUGCUGGGCGACGUUGAGCCUCAUGCUGAGAUUGGUCGGAUCGCGUUGGCGGCGCCGAUGGAGGAUGUGGUGGUCGAACCUGUUGAUCACUCUCCCAUGCAGCUAUUCUGGGCUCUAGCAACAAACCCACCCUUAUCUCACCUUUUCCCCUGUGCCCUGCCCUUUCAUCGUUCGUCAAACAAACUGACCUCGGGUGAUACGAUGACACAACCCGACCAGCUUUGCCAUAAAUGCCAAGACCUAUUCACGCAGCCGGACUUGGAGCCCGGCAAUUGUGACUGCUGGCAAGACCCUGCAUUUGCGAGCUGGAAGCGCCGGGGAAGGGAUGUCCUUGAGGCUGCCGAAUCUGGCUGUCCUCUUUGUAGGAUAGUAUGGAAUGAAGCCUCUUCUCGACUUGGCGACAGGAUCAAUGUCGAACAGGCUGUCAUCGGUCCAAAGAUUUGUUGGGACGACGACACAGCCGGCUUCUCCGUCGGGGAUAUGCUACCUGAUUGUCCAAGACCACCGAAUAGCGUUGAUGCCUGCCAAUCGAUAGCAACGCUCUGGCUUUUUGAGUGCGCCACACAGCACGAAAAGUGUCGCGUACGAGAUCAUCAAUCGUGGCUCCCGACUCGCCUGAUUGACGUCGGACCUGCUUGGUCGACCCAGGAUCCGAAAUUGGUGAUGGCUUCAUCUCUCAGCUCCAGCUCCCCGUCACCAUUGUACAUAUCCUUGAGCCAUCGCUGGGGGACUAGUAACAUGCUCAAGCUGAAGAAGUCAAAUACAAACGACUUCAUGCAGCGUAUUCGGCCAGCCGACUUGCCGUUUACCUUUCACGAUGCGAUUCGGUUGUGUCGAAGCCUAGGCAUUCGAUACAUAUGGAUAGAUUCCCUCUGCAUCAUCCAAGACUCAAAGACAGACUGGCUGAAGGAAUCAUCGAACAUGGGAAAGGUCUAUGAAUACUCAUUCUGCAACUUUGCAGCAACAUCAGCCUCCCAUGGUCAAGGCGGAUUGUACAGUUGGCGAGAUCCUCACUUAAUAACACCGCAUACCGCGCACGUCAACUGGAAAGGACAUGAGAGCGAAUAUGUCUUCUUUUUGAAUAGUCACUGGUUCAAGUCUAUUUCUCGGGCAACUUUGAAUGGCAGAGGCUGGGUCUUCCAGGAGCGAUUAUUGAGCCCUCGGACCUUGCACUUUUCAUCUCAGCUAUUCUGGGAAUGUCGGACACUCAAAGCCUGCGAGACUUAUCCCUGUGGCUUGCCCUCCGAACCAUCGAUACUUGGUGAUGAUGUGGAUCAGGACUUUCCAGGGAGCACCAAGGAUUGGAGAGAUGGUCUUGAAAGGGAUGGUGUUGAGCAUUGGGAACUGUUAAUGCAGAUGUUCUGCAGGUGCUACCUCACGAAAGAAUCGGAUCGUCUUGUUGCCAUUGCAGGUAUAGCGAGUCAAGCACAGGCUCUUCUCAAUGACGAGUAUUUGGCGGGUUUGUGGAAGAGACAGCUUCCUCAUGGGUUGCUCUGGAAGCUGCAGAACAUGGUUGGACAAGAUGACUUGAUCGUCACUAGACCAACCACAUAUCGAGGUCCUUCGUGGAGCUGGGCGUCUCUCGACUUUGAAGCUGCAAAUAUCAACAUGUUGGACCGCGAAGGCAUUGGCCGGUAUUUGGUUGAAAUCACCGAGGUGAAAAUCGAGAGCAGCACCGACCAGAUCUACACCAACGUGACAGGAGGUUAUAUCCGCGUUCUUGGAAAGCUGGGUCAGGUUAACCUCGCCAAUCUCGAAGACGCAGAAUGGAGAGGCGAUAGGGGCGGACACUACACCUUCGAGUUCUCUCUUGAUGUGGACGAUGAUAUCGAUAUUGAAGAAGAAGCUCCGUAUUGUCUACCGAUCCUUACACACGACAGAGCCAACAGGAACACUUUCAAGAGCCUGGAAGUGCAUUGCCUCUUGCUGCAGAAGAUUGAAACAAAUUCUACUGAAUUUAGAAGGAUCGGUAGCCUCCAGGUGCUCCUAGAUUGGGAGGCUGAGAUAAUAGAUGAGUUUCGGUGGAUCACGGAUUAUACUAGAGAGGAAAAUACCCUGGCCCAGAGUUUAGAUACGUUGAUGAUAUACUAG